UCUGUUUGGCCCCCAGCUGGUUUAUUAUUUCCUCGCUAGUUUAUUUUAUUUUUGGUUUUUGUUUAGUUUCCAAUUUGCCUUAAUGAUCCGUUUAUGAAACUAUGGAUCAUUUGUACCUGGAGAUCGAGAUCAGUACCCAGAAGGAGACCACCAUCUACACCAGUGUCUCCUCGUUCUUGGCCUUGUUUACGUACAAAUUUCUGAACAAUCCGAAAAAUGUGCGGGUCAACUUUGUUUCCACAAAGAUCGAAGGUGGUAAAAUAGCUUUACGGAGCUCCCAGCUGAAAAAGGAGCUGACGGAGCAGCACAUCACGUGCAGGGAAGCCGCCUCAUUGCCCGCCAUCCGGAAUUUGAAACUUCCCAUUUAUGAGAAGGAAGGAAAUACGUUUAUAGCAGGGACCUGUGCUGUCUGCAGGGAGCUCAUCGCCCGGCAACCGAAUGAGGAACUGAAGAAACUUUUAGGCUUCAAGGGCAGCUGCCUUUUGGCUCCGUCUGAAGCUUCGAUUUGGACCAGAUUCUGUGAGGUGGAUGUAGUGAAUGUUGUUAGUAACCUUCACAAUGGUCAAAUUCUGACUGCCAUCCCACCGGAAGUCGUUAGAUUCGAGCAACAUAUGAACGAACCGGUGAGGAUGCACAACAUCUACAAGCAGGCCAGGGAGCAGGCUAAUCAGACGGAGAAUGGCGUCCAAGUCAAGAGAAGGGAGCGAGUGCAGAUCAAGUGCACCACGCCCAAGGAGGAGCUGCUCAUAGAACACCGAUUCGCCGAGGGCAUUAGCUUCACAAUUGCUGAUCUCAUCCUGUAUCCCCUGCUACGAAUCGUCUUCCAGCAUUGCAGGCAGAUGCUGCCCCAUUUUCCUCUCACCAGCACUUGGUUUAGUGAGAUCGACUCCUUCGAUGACAAGUGCUCGAGGAUCCUGAAGGAGAUAUAUGUGCCUGAGGCAGUGAAGACUCCGCCCGGAGACCUCGGCAUUCCCGACUGCGAGGCCACCAGUCUGUACAAGGCCGAUCCCAAGCGAUAUAAGCCAAGAAAUCGAAUCUACACCAGUCAGUUGGAAGUGGAAGCGGCCUUAUCUAAGCUUUCUUCGCUUAAGCUGCAAUUUAACUCGGACUCUGAGCAUUCCUAUGGACAGCAGCUCAUCAACUGGGAGCAGAUUGAGCCCACGCAUGCCAAGAGUUCAGCGCUGCCCAAGGAGCGACUCGAGCGCAAGCGUCAGCAGCUUGAGAACAUGGCCAAUGCGGUGGUCUCCUUGGCGCAACCGGGCGAUCGCAUCGUUGACUUUUGCAGCGGCACAGGCCAUUUGGCCAUUUUGCUGGCCCUCAAACUGCCGAAGUGCACGGUUAUUGUGAUGGAAAACAAAGCUUUCUCGCUGCUGCAGGCUCAAAAGAGAACCAUCGAAUUGGGCCUGACCAACUGCGUGUUCUACCAAUGCAAUAUAGAUUACUUUGUGGGAGACUUCGAGAUCGGGGCUUCUCUGCACGCCUGCGGAACUGCCACGGAUAUCGUUUUGCAGCAGUGCCGCCGGGCCAAAGCGCACUUUGUUUGCUGUCCCUGCUGCUACGGAUCCCUGCAGCCGAUGCCGCACAUUUCAUAUCCGCUGAGUGAAGCCUUUAAAAGUGUUUUGGGUACAAAGGACUACCUGUACAUCGCCCAUUCGGCGGAUCAGGCCCACGAAAUGGGCACCACCAACUGCAAGCCGGAGACCACGCUGCAGGGACUCCACUGCAUGUCCGUGGUGGACACCGAUCGCCAGCUGCAGGCGGAGGAGGCGGGCUACCAGGUGAUCCUCACGCGCUUGAAGCCCGAGCAGUGCACGCCAAAGAAUCACCUGCUAGUCGGACGUUUUGUUAAACAGAACUGAGCUUUCAAACUGCCACUUACACGAAAUAAAUGCAUUUUUAAUCCUUUUUAAAUA